ACGAAGGGAGCGAUGGAAGGGCCGUGGCGUGCGGGCGGCAGAGGGGGAGCGACGGUGACGCUGGCUGAGUCGGAUUGCUGGGGCGUUGCAAUCGAUCGAUCGGGUGCUGCAGACCCAGACACUGCUUGAUCGCAUCAGGACCGACACGGACGGGUGGACGAUCGAUCGAAUCCAAGCCGACGAACGGGUGGGUGGCCGACCGCCUCGGGUGCUGUGAUCGGUCGUUGCGGCAGACGCCACCAUGCCCAGACAGGUCUCUAUCUUCAUGUACGGCGCCCUCUUCAAGGACAUUAUCCUGGGCGUUGACCGCUUCCCGGCCGAAGACUCCAAGCUUGCGGCCCGAACUGUGCAGACUCGUCGAGGAGGCAAUACCGGCAACUCGCUGGUGGUGAUGUCUCAGUACCUCGGCGAGAGCGACAUCCAUGGACAGAGAGUCGAUGUGGACCUCAACAUGAUAGGAUGCUACGCCGGCACACCCGAGAGCCAGGCAGCCGACGUCAUGGUCACCGACCUGACCAGCCGAUCCAUCUCCAUCUCGAGCUGCAUCUUCCGCGGGCCCGAGUUCACCGACCCUACGUCCUGGAUCAUCGCCACGCCGUCCACCCGCACGAUCGUCAACCACAACACCAUGCCCGAGCUCAGCUCGGCCGAGUUUGAGGCCCACGUCUUGCCCAACAUCGUCUCGGCAAGCGGCGAGAUCUGGGCCCAUUUCGAGGGGCGGAACUGCCUUGAGCUGUCACGGAUGAUCGCUCGGCUCGACCAGUGGCGCACAUCACAGCCCGACCGACGCAUCCGGAUCUCGGUCGAGUUUGAGAAGCCGCGGCGCCUGGGCAUGGAGGCCCUGCUGAAGCAGUGCGACGUGGCCAUCUUUUCGGCAGUAUAUGCGGCCGACUAUGGAUACGAUGCCGACCACCACGACGAGUUUUUGCGAUGGAUCCGGCCCCAAUGUCUGCCUGGAUGCAUCCAAGUCAUCACCAACGGCGAUCGAGGAGCCACACUGGCGCAAGGCCCGACGGACCGGCACGGCGAAUGCCUUCUGACACACAUCCCCGCCGGCAAGGUGUACGGGGACGCUGGGGUCGUCGACACCAUUGGGGCCGGCGAUUCGUUUAUUGGAGGAUACAUCCUGGGAAUGGCGGCUCUGCAGAUGGAUCCUCGACCAGCAUGCGAAUUUGGCUGCCGGGUAGCGAGCGCCAAGUGCGGACUUGUUGGCUUCGACGGCGUUGCACUCUUGGUCAAGCCAUAGGGCAACACUGCAACAAUGCGAGCGGUAUUGUGUCGCAGUGAUGGCUACUUCAUUUUUGUACAGUCGCUGGCUGGCUGACGCCGCAUGUGCCCAGUGGGCAGUACCC